CGUUAGCGGGCGGAUACAAAUAAUCAAUUAUCCUCGUUACACCCGAGUUCUUGAAUAGAAACCUGCGUAGAAGAGUACUUGUACCGUUGUACGUUAACGCAGAAGACUCCAACUGCUGUGGUCCUUGAGAGGGAGAGGGAGAGGGAGAGAGAGAGGGGCUGUGAAGCUCCCUGCUUUCUGUGUGAGAACCAAUUUUGCAAAAACCCAAAGAAUUUGCAGUUGAGAGAGAGACUGAGAGAGGCAGAGAUGGAGGAAGAGAAGCAGCAGAGUAUUAAGGAGGAGGAGGAGGAGGAGCGUCCAGUGAGAGUAUAUGCAGACGGCAUUUAUGAUCUCUUUCACUUCGGCCAUGCCAGUUCUCUCGAGCAAGCCAAGAAGCUGUUCCCCAAUACGUACCUGCUUGUUGGCUGCUGUGGUGAUGAAAUUACCCACAAUUAUAAGGGAAAAACUGUUAUGACUGAGAAGGAGCGCUAUGAAUCGCUCCGCCAUUGCAGAUGGGUGGACGAAGUUAUCCCAGAUGCACCAUGGGUGCUCUCGCAAGAGUUUCUUGACAAGCAUAAGAUUGACUUUGUGGCACAUGACUCUCUUCCCUAUGCUAAUGCAAGUGGCUCUGGAAAGGAUGUCUAUGAAUUUAUUAAUUCUGGUGGCAAUAGGAAUGAAUUCUUCCCGUCUUAUAUGCCAUGUUUGCUUUCAUCUUGCCGUGUUUCAGGUUAAGUCUGUUGGGAAGUUUAAAGAAACAAAGCGAACUGAUGGGAUCUCUACAUCGGAUCUCAUAAUGAGGAUAGUUAAAGAUUACAACCAGUAUGUGAUGCGUAAUUUGGACCGUGGGUACACAAGAAAAGAUCUAGGUGUCAGCUAUGUGAGGGAAAAGCGACUGAGAGUCAACAUGGGACUGAAAAGAUUGCGUGAGAGGGUGAAGGAGCACCAAGAAAAAGUAGGAGAGAAGAUACAAAUAGUAACGCAGACUGCCACCAUGCGUCAUAAUGAAUGGGUGGAGAACGCUGACCGGCUGGUUGCUGGAUUUCUGGAGAGGUUUGAAGAAGGUUUCCAUAAAAUGGGAACAGCCAUAAGGGACCGAAUUCAAAAGCGAAUAAGGAAGCAGCAGUUCAGAGGGCUUUUAUAUGAAGAAGAAGAUGAUGAUGAUGAAUUCUAUGAUGACUCUGAAGAAGAAAACGAUGAUGAAGACGAGAACUGAAUUUGCUUCUGUUGCUGUCAAUUGCUUAGGAGCUGGAAUACUUAUCCGUUGUAUUAAUGUAGAACUAACUAAGAAGUCCAUAGCAUUAGGUUCCUUGAUUAUAUGACUUCAGUUUGUGAAACAGCCAAAAUUCAAUUGUUAGUGUUCUGUCAUUUCGUUUCAAUAGUUGCUUGUUUGAUGUAGUUGACACAAAAUCUUUAUGAAGAUCACAAAUUAGUGCAAAAUCGUUCGAGUUUCCACAA